AUGAGCGGCUCUGCACAAGUUCGAAGCUCCUCCUUUCUCCAACAUAUCUUGUCGACAGGUAUCCAACAUCCCUUUCAGAGCCUCGUCGCCAUCUUCUUCGUCGUCUGUGUCGUCACCCGCGUCAUCUCAGGUCUCCAGUACCGCUCUACGGUUCUAAAACAAGCUACAGCCGGGUCGAACGGCCCUCGAACCGUGCCUGUCCUGCCAUACUGGAUUCCAUGGGUCGGCCACGCGUUUUCGUUUAUUGCGGGCGGAUCGGACUUCCUGGGCCGGGCGGCUCGUUCGCUGGGACCCAAUGGGUCCAUCUACGCCCUGAAGAUGGCCAACACCAAGCACAACGUCGUCACGGUGCCCAGCCUGGCCAAGCAGAUCUUGAUGGACAGGACCAGCCCCAUCACGAUGAAUGACUUUGUGUUACACACGAUGAAGAACUUCUGGGACGACCGCGGCACUAUCAAGGCCAUCGAACCGAGCCACCUCUGGGGAAAUAUCCAUGGUGUCCUGUCGGGCAUGCUGCGCGAGAGUUUCGUCAGCGUGGCCAUCAGCGGCACGGUCGACAUGGUCGCGGAGAGGACGUGGAACCUGGUCUCCGGGCUACAGAGUCCCGUGGAUCAAAGCAUCUGGGAGCGCUUUGGUGGGGUGCAAAUCAUCUCAAACGGCGAGGGCGACAAGCCUCUCGUGGCCGAGGCGAGUCUAUUUCCUCUCCUGCGGUAUUUCGUGGGCGACAUUGCCUCCACAGUCCUGUUCGGUAAGGAUUUUAUGGAGAACUACCCCAACAUCAUGCCUGACCUGUGGGAGAUGGACAUGCAAUUCAACCUCUUCAUGGCCGGCGCUCCUUCCUGGCUACCUGGCUUGAGCGGCCCGGCGCAGGCGAGGGAACGCAUCGUCGACGCCAUCCAGGAACACCACGAGGCGCUCUUUAAGUACCUCGACGGCCAGGAUCCCGGAAGCCGGUGGCCCGACAUGUCAGAUGUCUCGUCGGUCAUUGUUGAUCGAGCCAAAGCGUUUCGAGAGGGUGGCUCUGCGCCGCGAGGCUACGCCACGGGCAACGGGGCCAUUCUGUGGGCCAUGAACAUCAACGCCAACCCCAUCAUCUUCUGGACGAUAUGGUACAUCUUUUCCAACCCCUCUCUAGUUGAGGAACUCCGGGCCGAGGUGGCCCCUUACGUGCGCUUCCGCCGGCCGGCCGCCACGGGACUCCCGAUCCAAGAGCCUCCCAAAUUGGAGAUUGACAUCGCCGCGCUGUGGAGCAAGUGCCCGCUCCUCAAGGGAUGCUUUUUCGAGGCGAUGCGCCUCGAGGUGCCGAGCAUGUCGUACAAGAUGGUCGAGGAGGACUUUGUGGUGUUUGAGAACGACGAGGACGCGCGGCUGCUGGGCAAGAAGGAGCCGCAGAGCUGGCUGCUCCGCAAGGGCGAGUACCUCUGCCUGCCGCACGGCGUGCACCAGAGCGACGACAAGUACUUUCGCGACCCGGAGCGGUUCGAUCCCCGACGGUUCUGGGCCAAGGACAAAGACCACGAAGGGGUGGCAGGCGGGGGCGACGGCGACGUCCGCGUCGAAUACGGCACGAUGAAGGUCUGGGGCGGCGGCAAGCAGAUGUGCAAGGGCAAGACAUUUGCCGAGCGUGAAGUCGUCCUCUUCGUCGCCGCGCUGGUCAUGCAGUGGGACAUGGUCCCCGUCAGUGACGGCGGGAGGUGGGUGCACCCGGGACGCAAGAUUGGGGCUGGGGCGGUGAAUCCGACCAGGGAUGUGCGUGUUCGGCUGACCAGGCGAGAGGGGUGGUGA